AUGUGCAAUUCCUGGCUGCUUCUCAUAAUUGCGCUCACUGUUGUCUGCCUGUGGAACUCGCAACAAACCGAAACAUCCAAAUCAUGCCCAGCCGAGUGCAUCUGCUUGUCCCAGACUCAAGUGCUGUGUAACACUGGCGGACUCGAGCAGAUACCGCUACGUCAACUUCCUGCGACGGUGGAGAACCUUGCGCUAACGAAAAACAAUUUUCCGAUCAUCAAACCCGAUUCAUUUGCCGGUCUGCGAGCGUUAAAAAAACUUUCGCUGGAUGGUAAUAACAUAACACGGAUAAAACAGUUCGCAUUCCGUGGCUUACCUCGUUUACGGGAAUUAUCGAUACAACAUACGCCAUUGCAGACGGUGGCGCAAUUUGCAUUUGCCGGCUUACAGAAUCUCUCAACGAUAUUGUUGAGUCACAAUCAGAUUCAGAGAAUCGAGGGUAAUGCCUUUGCGGGCACCUCGAACAUCAAGUUAAUUCUGUUGAGCAAUAAUCCCUUGAUCCGAAUCGAAAGCUCGGCUUUUUCAAGUCUAACAAAUGUGGGACAUUUGAUAUUGCCAUCCGGUAUAAGAAGCAUUGAGCAGGACGCUUUCUUCGGCAUGGAUGCAGUGGGAUUACUUAAAUUGGCCUACAUGGACUUAAAGGAGAUUUCACCCUUUACCUUUCGGGGACUCUCCAAUGUGUUGUUGCUCACAUUGCAAGAGUCCGAUUUGGGUGUGAUUUGUGCGGAUGCCUUUACGGGUCUAACGCAGGUGGAGACCCUACAGAUACUCAACAACAAAAUCGAUUCGAUUGAGGAACUCAACUUUACAUAUUCGGCUGCGAUAAAGCAUCUAAAGUUUCAUGGAAAUCAUGUACUGGAGACACCAAAUCCGAAUGCCAUUAUUGUCGAUGGUGUUGAUCAUUUACAGCUGGUGAAUAAUCAUUUUCCCUGCGGUUGUCACAUACACACCCUACUGGAUGGUCCCCUCGCCGAGGGUGCCCACAAUUUGAGUGAUUUUCUUCAGAAAAACUAUUGCAUCUCUCCGCUGGAGGUGAACGGACGUGUGAUGAGUGAACUGAACAUUGAUGGCAUCGGUCGGUGUGCCGAUAUGUUGACCAAGGGCAAUUUGGGAUCAUCGGCAGCUUCCUUGGCACUUGGCAUCAAUGCCAUGCUUCUAAUUGCCGUCGCCAGUUGUGUGGAGUGGCGUUAUGCUCGACUGUUGGCCGCAAGAAUCGCUCAGUUUCUUAGCCACAGUCACAUCGCUUGGCGUCGACGACGGAAACGUCGGCGACCCAAUUAG